AUGCAGGCUUCCCAACAUAUAAGACAAUUGUCCAUCCAGCUCAAACAGUACCUAAAACAGUGCAAAGAAAAGAACCAAUUUUCACCCGAGCUCGCCAAAAAUGCUGUUAUGGACAGCCUGGCCCCUCUCGCAGAGCUUCCUUUGGACCAAGCGUGUGCACCUCGCACAGCUCCUCCAGUAGAGGGAAAGGCCAGUGAAGAUCCAUACAUAUACGCUCUGAUUACCGAACAUCUGUGCAGGAGUAAUGCAAUACAAAGUGCGCGCACUCUUCUAGAGGAAAUGGAGGAGAUGUUUCCGCUGAAGGAGGAAACAGAGAGGGUUGACAUUCUAAAGGCAUACUGCCCGUGGUCUGAUGAGCUGGGGAAAAAGCCGUCACACUCAAUAACUCGAAAGUCUUCUCGGUUCCAGCAAAUAUGCCAAGUAAAAGAAAAAUGCGCUAGUCUCAUUGAAAACUACAGGGAGAAUCCUUUUCCUCUAGACAUUGUUUCCAACAUCUACAGAAUAAUCAACGACAGCUACAUAGAGCCUCUGCGUCUCCCAGACAAUUUUGAAAAAAAGGAACUUCUUCUACAAGAUACCAUAGACAAUAUUCAAAAAUGUUUUAUUGAAGAGAACGACACAAUUCUUUACUUUGACGGGAAGACGGGGCAUGUGUACGCAAAAAGCUCAAAAAGCUACAAAGAAGUGCAAAUUGUUCUGAGCUUGCUUGUAUUCCCGCACCGUUGCAAAGAGGUAGAAAGGCUCCUGCGCGCCAAGAGAGUAGACUGGCCUGUAGACGCAAUUUCUCUUGAAACUCUGUACUAUGUGGGAAAGGCGAUGGAGUCCAUCAAUCUGUCGCCGUACAGCUGCGAUGGAGAGAUAGAAUCAGCAGUUCCUCCUGCCCUUUCGUUCCAUUCCACCUUUUUCUGUCCUAUUCUUCGAACCGAGUGCUCAGUAGACAAUGCUCCGUGCAUACUUACAUGCGGGCAUGCAAUUAGCAUCCGCGCUUUAGAAAAAAUUGCCUCUUUCAAAGGCAUGGUUUUCAAAUGCCCGUACUGCCCCAAAGAUGCAAAUAUUAAAGAUGUAUCCAAAGCCAAGCUGUUUAUAUAG